AUGAAUAGUUCCAGCAGUGAUACAAUUUUUUCACAUGCUAAAUUUAAUUAUUUAUUCGAUAAUGAUCAACUUUUACCAACAGUACAAACAACUCUUCUUAAAACUGAACCUUGUUUUAAUGUUAUUGCAAUCGAAGAUGAAGUUACUAAACAUUUUUACCAAAAUAAAUUACCAGCCAUUUCAAAGACAUAUGAUACAAUUCAAUAUAUUAAACAACAAACACUAAAUGAAUCAGAUAGUUUAGAAAAUAAAUAUUCUCCUAAAUUGAUUAAAGAAAGAGAAAUAACUCAUAAGAUUAGUGAUGCUAAACAUGUUGCUCCUAAUCAAUUAACAUAUUCUUCAUCUAUGAAGUCUACUUUAAAAAGAUCUCAUAAAAAAGAAGAAACAAGAUUAAUACCAAAAAUAGAUAAAUUAUCGAUAUCUCGUUCUUCUUCUUCUUCAUCAUCUUCAAAAAAGAAACAAACACCUUCUACACGUCUUGAUUUUAAUCAAGUUCGACAUCUUGCUGAAGUAACAGCUAAACAAUCUUCUUCAUUACAUCCUUUUUAUUGUCGUUCUCUUUUCGAUCAAACAAUUAAUAUAUUUGACCCGAAUAAUUCGUAUUAUAUAGCAACAAAUAAUUAUCGUCCAUUUCGAUGUCAAUAUUAUAUGAAACCCUAUCGAGAAGAAGCUAAUACUCCAACGAAUAUGAGUAAACAAAGAUCAAGAUCACUUUCAUACAAUCGUCUUGCACAACAAUCAGACAAAACUUCUCGUUCACAUACUUUUUCAAAUCAAUAUGCUCGACCAUCAAAAAGACAAUUCAAUAGAAAACAACACAUUUCAUGGUCACCUGAAAGAGAAUGUAUUGAUCGAGGAAGAGAUUAUACAAGCAUAAAAGCAAAUAAAAGGCAAAUGUCUAUUUUCAUUUUUUCCUUUAAUUGA